UGUAUCGUCUAAAUCGUCCUUAAAUCGCACAUGUUGAUAAUAUCAACAUAUGUGUAGUUCUUGGAAUUGCUUUACGAUGGAAAAUAAAGAAGAACCAGAUAUUUCUAGUGUAUUGUCGAAAAUAUUAAGUUCAACUGUUGUAAAAAGUAAUAGUAUUAAACAGGAGAAUAGUAAUUCUAAUAUGUUGGUAGGAAAAAUUGCUUCCAACAUAAAAAUAAAACAGAUAAAGCCGGAACAUUAUAUUCCUAGAGGAAGGCCGAAAUCCGGCCGAAUAUGGAAAACACAAAAAGAAAAGUUUUCCACCGUAAAAAAAUCUAUUCGAGGGAAAGCGACGGCUAAACAUCUAGCCUAUCGUGAAGAAAUCAAACAGAUCAAAGAGCUAUCUCGUUCAAUCAAAGAGGAGCGUAAGCAACAUAACCAGGAAAAAAGGCAACGUCAGGAAGAGAACAAACGUAGACGUCUGGAAAACGAAAGAAAGUCGGAAAUCGUGCAAAUAAUAAAAAAUCCUGCUAAACUGAAAAGACUGCGUAAAAAGCAGCUUAGACAAAUCGAGAAACGGGAUUUCGACAAAAUAAAGAUCGUUUAGUGUUAUG